GUACUUGGGCUUAAUUGCUUUUGGGGCAACUGUCGUAGCCUGUAUUCUAUACUUCAUCCAAAUGAUGAAUGACAUCCGUCCGUUUGUGUUCCGAUGGGGGGUGCACGGGUUCCAAGAUUUUUUCUUGGCUUUCGGUACCAUUAUGUUCGCAUUCGGAGGCGCUUCUACUUUCCCCACCAUACAAAACGACAUGACUGAUAAGAAAGGAUUCAGCCAGAGCUUGCAAUAUAGUUUCGCUGCUAUCUUGAUUCUGUAUCUGCCAAUUGCGAUUGGUGGUUACGCGGUGUAUGGUGAAGCAGUAGCUCCGAACGUGGCAUCUUCACUAUCAGCCACCCCGCUAACACUCGCUGGCAAUAUACUGAUGGCUAUCCAUCUUGUCACUGCGUUCAUUAUCAUCAUAAAUCCCGUUUGCCAGGAGAUGGAGGAACUUUACAGUGUGCCUAGAGAAUCGACUGGUUGGCGUAUAGUAGUUCGCGUGUCCAUUAUGCUGGGUAUAUUGUUCAUCGGUGAGAGUAUUCCACGAUUCUACACGGUGCUCGCGCUAGUGGGAGGUACCACGGUGGCACUGCUUACAUUCGUGCUGCCAUCAUACUGCUACUUACAACUUAUCGGACAAAAUCAACAGGGUCAAACACCUGCAAACUCCUGGAUGGAUGAAGGUGGUUUGUUGGGAGGUGAUAGCGAUUGGCGUCGUUGGAGGGCUGGCCGCGACUUACAGCGCUAUCAGCGCUAUAUUCAGCACCGCCCAAGCGACACCUUGCUAUAUGCGUUAAAAGAUGCAGCGUUAUUCGAAUAGGAUGAAUCGAAUCGAGUAGUUUGUUACUUAUUUUAAGAUUUACAAAUUAUUCUUAAAAUAUAGAAUGUAUGAUAAAAGUCUAAUAAUGGAAUGUAUGGUAAACUAAACUAAGUUAUAAUUUUAUG